GUGCCAAAUCUUGUGCUGGCAUGAGAGGACUCUCUUGAAGGUUUUCCAAGCAGCCUCAUUGUCACUCUCUCUAACCAGAUGAAACAUAGUGAAGGCCGGUGCUUGGUGUGUUUCCGCAGAGACUGGCCCUAAUGUCCACGACGCAGCUGGAAACACGCCUCCAGAUCUCAUGGUGCGUCCAGGAAUAUUUGAAAGAACUUGGAAAAUAGUGCAUAUCCUGACGGGAUCUCCAUUCAAAGCCCUUUAUGCAGGCAUCAGAUGACUUCAGGGAUCCAGAUUCCCAGAUUCUUCACGUUUGUGUCCACAAAUAGGGGAGCAAAGCCUGAGUUGCUAGAGGAACAAUGCCUUACCUUGGCCCUGCAAUGCCUGGCUACUCAUGAACAGCGCUGCGGCCAAUCAACUCCAAUACUUCAGCGUUCUGAUCAUGUCAGGAAAGCCGAAAGAAAGAUGCAUGGAGGCCACUUCUGCACGCUGUUCUUAAAGGCUGCUGCUUCAGUCCAAGUUGCAUAUUCUACCAACAUCUUCAUCCAAACUCGCCCCUAUCCCAGCUCUUUUGGCGUUCUCCGCACAGAGUGCACGUCCUCGUCCCCAGCCUCUUCUAUCCUCGCAUGCGUCCAGCAUGUUCUCACCCACACUCUCAUCUCAGGAAAGCGGAGAACAAUCUGCUGAAACGCAACCAAUCGCAGUUCGGCUGCCACAAUCGCCGGCCCCAGAUACGCUGUCGGCGCGUUUCUGAGAGAGAAGCACGGAGGCAUGGGGGAGAGGGCUAUGGCUAUGUUACUCCGAGUGAAUCGAAAUCAGGGCUUUCGAGAAGCGGAGAGCGCCGCGGCUGUUCUGUGGGAGUUUGUUGAUCCGGACUCAUCCGAUGGACGACCUGAGGCGUCACUGAAGAUGGUGGAGGACCCGGCUAGCAGGGCCAGAAUGAAAAGGAACCUGAAACGGUGGAAAGAGCGGCCGCUUUUUCCUGGCAGCCCGAUCGACGCGCAUAAGGAACUGCGCAGGUUGCGCGGCUAUGACGAUUGGGAUAAAGGUGGCAUAUGAGUUCAGCUCUGUCGCAAUCUACGGAGUAGGACCAAGAAGGGUGGAGGACGGGAGUCUGACAGGGUUCAAUCUGCUGAAACGUUUUGAUAGAAUUGAGAAGGGGGGCUCUUUUGCGUUCUUGAUCGGGGUUGUCUACGUUUCUAUUAAGAUCUGAUGCUUAUGUAGAGGUAUAACAGGUAGACUGUGUGGGCAGAAGCACGGACAACUGACAGGGUGGUCUACUUAGGAUCUUCCACCAAGCGGCACCCUAGCUCCCUUAGAGCUUGCCAAAGUGAGCCUGCACGCAAUUACUGCGCACGCAAUGCUAAAGUCCUUCCUCUUAAUUGUCCCUGUAGGGACUGUUGUCGCACUUAGAUGACUACCUCAGGUCUAUGGCGUCGGACAUGGAGAAGAGGUAACAAGUGGCGAAGAAAGCGAGCUGGAACUCUAAUCAAUCUUCCUAGCUUUGGUUCGUCUACAGAGGCAGCGACGGUCGGAUCUUCGGACACUGCUAAGUUCUAUAUGACCGGGCCGGCAGGGCUGCAGCUUUAGUACAUGCUGAGCAACACGUAGAGCUUGGACUGAGUCACGACUCGAACUUCCUGAAGACGCAUUAAUCUGACGAAGUCAGGCCGCGGCAAGCCAGUG